GGUUGUUCUUGCGCAGAAACCCCGUAGUGCCGCCCUGAACAGCAGCGCCAUUCGAUAACUGCAAUAGUAUCCAAAAUGGCAGGAGCUGAUGGAGACGACUCUCUUUACCCUAUCGCCGUCCUUAUUGAUGAGCUUCGAAAUGAAGACGUCCAGUUACGACUGAACAGCAUCAAGAAGCUGUCUACUAUUGCUCUCGCUCUUGGCGUAGAAAGGACUCGCACUGAACUCCUUCCCUUCCUUACAGACACCAUCUAUGAUGAAGAUGAGGUGCUUUUGGCAUUGGCAGAGCAGCUUGGCAAUUUCACUAUGUUGGUGGGAGGACCGGAGUAUGUCCACUGUCUCCUGCCCCCUCUGGAAAGCCUCGCUACAGUCGAAGAGACGGUAGUCAGAGACAAAGCUGUGGAAUCCCUGCGGAAGAUCUCACAGGAGCACUCUCCAGUUGACCUGGAAGUUCACUUUGAGCCUUUGGUGAAGCGGCUGGCCAGCGGUGACUGGUUCACCUCUCGCACGUCAGCUUGCGGCCUCUUUAGCGUGUGUUAUCCUCGUGUCUCCAGCACGGUCAAGGCCGAGAUUCGUCAGCAUUUUCGCACCUUGUGCUCCGAUGACACGCCGAUGGUGCGUCGCGCUGCAGCAUCUAAACUCGGGGAGUUUGCCAAAGUUCUGGAACUGGAAUAUGUAAAAACCGACAUUAUUCCUCUUUUCACUGCUCUGGCGUCUGAUGAGCAGGACUCGGUUCGGCUGCUUGCAGUGGAGGCGUGUGUCAGCAUCGCCACUCUCCUGCCUCAGGAGGACCUAGAGACUCUGGUGAUGCCAACGCUGCGUCAAGCUGCCGAAGACAAAUCCUGGCGGGUUCGCUACAUGGUGGCAGAUAAAUUCUCUGAGCUGCAAAAAGCUGUAGGCCCAGAGAUCACAAAGAACGACCUGGUCCCAGCUUUCCAGAACCUCCUGAAGGACUGUGAAGCUGAGGUCCGCGCUGCCGCUGCCAACAAAGUUAAAGAGUUCUGUGAGAAUCUUCCAGAAGAUAAUCGUGAGCAGAUCAUCAUGAGUCACAUUCUGCCCUGUGUCAAGGAACUGGUUUCAGACACCAACCAGCACGUGAAGUCUGCUCUGGCCUCUGUCAUUAUGGGUCUUUCCACCAUUCUGGGCAAGGACAACACAAUAGAGCACUUACUGCCUCUCUUCCUGACUCAGCUGAAAGACGAGUGCCCCGAGGUCCGUCUCAACAUCAUCUCCAACCUGGACUGUGUGAACGAGGUGAUUGGCAUUCGCCAGCUGUCCCAGUCGCUGCUGCCGGCCAUCGUGGAGCUUGCCGAGGACGCAAAGUGGAGGGUCCGCCUGGCCAUCAUCGAGUACAUGCCUUUGUUGGCAGGACAGCUGGGGGUGGAGUUCUUUGAUGAGAAGCUCAACACUCUUUGCAUGGCCUGGCUCAUUGAUCACGUGUACGCCAUCCGUGAAGCGGCCACCAGUAACCUCACCAAGCUUGUUGAGAAGUUCGGAGCCGAGUGGGCCCAGAACACCAUCGUCCCCAAAGUCCUGGGAAUGGCCAACGACCCCAACUACCUCCACAGGAUGACCACGCUGUUCUGCAUCAACGCUCUGUCUGAGGCUUGUGGUCAGGAGAUUACCACCAAGCAGAUGCUCCCAGUGGUCCUCAAGAUGUCCAACGACCAGGUGGCCAACGUCCGUUUCAACGUAGCAAAGUCACUUCAGAAGAUCGGACCGGUCCUGGACAGCAAUGCCCUUCAAACAGAAGUGAAGCCAGUGCUGGAGAAACUGGCCUCUGACUCAGACAUGGAUGUUAAGUACUUUGCCCAGGAGGCUAUUAGUGUUUUGGCACUAGCAUAACCAACCCCAUCACGGCUAAUCCAGAAAACCUCCCCGAAACAAAAAUACACCCAGGUUUAGAAUAUA